UAAAAGAAGACAUUGAUACCCGGCAAGGUUCAAAAUGAUUUAAUCUCAGUUUUCUGAUAUGGCAUACAGGUUGAGCAUCUCUAAUUGGAAAGUUCAAAAUUCAAGAUGAUCCGGAAUGGGCACCAUUUGGAGCACUAACAUGAUAUGACAAGUGACCCUUUCUGAUUAUUUAUUAUACACAGACUGUGUUCCAUGCACAAAUUAUUAGAAAUGUAUGAAAUUGCUUUCAAGUGGGACCCAUUUUGAACACAUCUUGCUGUGUAUAUGCAAAUAUCACAAAAGCCAGUAUGAAUUUUGUUCCAUGCCUUUCACAUAAGUAGUACUCAGUUGUCAUUAAAUGUGAUAAAUAUCUUCAGGGUUAGCAAAUACUUAUAUGGAGGGAGUAUGAAGAAGCCCAACUUGGGUGGUGGUGCACCCUGAAAUCCUAGCAACUUGGGAGACUGAGGCAGGAGGAUCACAAUUGGGAGUUCAGCUUUAGCACUUUAGUUUUGAGCAACAUACUGACACACUGCCUCAGUAAAAAACAGGGAAAAAACACUUUAAAACAACUGGACUGUAGCUCCUUAGUAAAGGUUACAUAGCAUUAACCAAAUCUUGUGGUAAAUCAUUAAUAAAUAAAUCCUUAGUAAUUUACUUUACAAUUUUUGCAGAAAACAAGUAGUGGAGAGACUCUUUGAAGUGAAAGAAGAUAGUCAAUUUGGAGAAAUCCUCAGGCACAUCAUAGAUCUUGUUAUGAACAAGACAAGUUUUUCUGGAGUGAAACCAAGUGAACAUCAUGUGUGUAGAGAAGUCGUCAUUGCUGAUUCAUUCCUAGCCGUUCCCCUAGCGGCUCACACUGGACACAGAGCACAAGAGUAUCAGAAACAUGGAGAGAAGCCACAUGAACAUAAGGAACAUGGGAAAGCCUUCCAUUAUCACCAAUGUUUGCAGAAGCAUGAAAGAAUUCACACAGCAGAGAAACUCCAUGUGUGUAAACAAUGUGGAAAAGGCUUUAGUACGUCUAGAUACAUGAAAACACAUGAACGAAUUAACAGUGGACACAAACCCCAUGUAUGUAAGCAAUGUGGAAAAGAUUUUUGUUAUUCCAGCUUCAUUAGUGCACAUAAACAAAUUCACAUUGGGGAGAGACCGUAUGUGUGUAAGCAAUGUGGAAAAGGCUUUAGUUCUUCUAGCGGAAUUAGUCAACAUGAACGAAUUCACAGUGGAGAGAAACCCUAUGUAUAUAAGCACUGUGGACAAAGGUUUACGCUUUCUUCCUCCUUUAGAAAACAUGAACGAAUUCACAGUGGAGCAAAACCCUAUAUAUAUAAGCAAUGUGGAAAUCACUUUCGCUUCUCCAGGGACCUUCAAAGGCAUGAACAAGUUCAUAUGGGAAAGAAUUCCCAUGCGUGUAAGCAAUGUGGGAAAACCUUUCCUAUUCUCGGUGAUCUUCAUCAACAUGAACGAAUGCACACUGGAGUAAAACCCUAUGUAUGUAAGCAAUGUGAAAAAGCCUUUAGCUCUUCCAGUGACUUUAAAACACAUGAAAGAAUUCAUAAUGGAGAGAAACCCUCUGUGUGUAAGCAAUGUGGAAAAGCCUUUAGUACUUCCAGUUACAUGAAAAUCCAUGAACGAAUUCACAGUGGAGAGAAACCUUAUAAGUGCAAACAAGGUGGAAAAGCCAUUCGUUUUCCCAAUUGCCUUCGAAUGCAUGAACAAAAUCAUAGUGGGAAAAAACCCUUUAUAUGUAAGCAAUGUGGAAAAGGCUUUAGUUCUUCUAGCAAAAUUAGAGUACAUGAACUAACUCAUAGUGGAGAGAAACCCUAUGUGUGUAAGCAGUGUGGAAAAGCCUUAGUUCUUCCAGCUCCUCUAAAAGACAUGAACGAAUUCACAGUGGAGAAAAACCCUGCAUAUGUAAGCAGUGUGCAAACGGCUUUCCUUUUUCCAAGGACCUUCAAAGGCAUGAACAAGUUCAUAUGGGAAAGAAUCCCCAUGCGUGUUAGCAAUGUGGGAAAACCUUUCCUAUUCUCGGUGACCUUCAUCAACAUGAACAAAUUCAUAGUUGGAAGAAAACCCAUGUGUGUAAGCAUUGUGGGAAAGCCUUUCCUUUUCUCAGUUUCCUUCAUAAACAUGAACGAAUUCACAUUGGAAUGA